UAUUACACGACUUGAUCGUCUCAUACUGCCUGCAGUCGAAAUAAAUACAUCUAAUCAAAUUUGAUGUACCCUUGCUUUGAAAAGGCAACGACUGCCAUCCUUCAUAAGUCAUUUUACUUAUGUAUGUCUGCCGCUUGUGUUAAUCUUGAUUUAGUCUUCCCAUUCCCCUUUAAUUAUUAUUUUUUUUUUCUGCUAGGGAAAUUGCUCCACCACCAGCAUCAGCAGCCGUUGCUCCUUGAUGUUGUGGUAGUGUGUGCGCAUGCGCUCCACAUUGGAAUUACUGCACUGACCAGAAUAAGUUGGAUCUCUCUUCUGUCUUCACUGAAAUCCUAAAUCAUAUAAAAACUAUGACGAUGUUGAGAAUCAGGAAAAGGAGCAACUUUGGUUUUUGGACGUUUCCCUUAAUAGUGGCAGUGGUCUGUGCGCAAAGCGUCAAUGACCCUAGCAAUAUGUCACUGGUAAAAGAAACUGUGGAUAGACUGUUGAAAGGAUAUGACAUUCGCUUGAGGCCAGAUUUUGGAGGUCCCCCGGUGGCAGUUGGCAUGAAUAUAGACAUUGCCAGUAUAGAUAUGGUAUCUGAAGUCAAUAUGGACUAUACACUGACAAUGUAUUUCCAACAAGCGUGGAGAGAUAAACGGCUGUCAUAUUCUGAGAUUCCUCUAAAUCUAACAUUGGAUAACCGAGUCGCUGAUCAGCUCUGGGUCCCUGAUACCUACUUCCUGAAUGACAAGAAGUCAUUUGUACAUGGGGUCACAGUUAAAAAUCGAAUGAUACGCCUGCAUCCUGACGGGACAGUCCUUUAUGGGUUAAGAAUUACUACGACCGCAGCUUGUAUGAUGGAUCUGAGGAGAUAUCCCUUGGAUGAACAGAACUGCACUUUAGAGAUAGAGAGCUAUGGCUACACCACAGAUGAUAUUAACUUCUACUGGCGUGGGGGAGAUCGUGCUGUGACGGGAGUGGAACGGAUUGAGCUGCCCCAGUUCUCCAUUGUAGACUACAACCUUAUCUCCAAGGAUGUGGUGUUUUCUACAGGGGCUUACCCCAGGCUCUCCCUCAGCUUCAAACUGAAGAGAAACAUUGGAUACUUCAUCUUGCAGACAUACAUGCCUUCCAUUCUGAUCACAAUUCUCUCCUGGGUCUCCUUUUGGAUUAACUACGAUGCCUCUGCUGCCAGAGUUGCUUUAGGAAUUACCACGGUGCUCACCAUGACAACAAUUAAUACUCACUUAAGAGAAACCCUCCCCAAGAUUCCCUAUGUCAAAGCCAUAGAUAUGUACCUGAUGUGCUGCUUCGUGUUUGUGUUCUUGGCCCUGUUGGAGUAUGCACUGGUCAACUACAUCUUCUUCGGAAGGGGGCCACAGAGACAGAAGAAGGCAGCAGAGAAAGCAGCAACUGUAAACAAUGAGAAAAUACGAAUGGAAGCUAACAAGUGGAUGGUGGGGAAUGUAGUUCAGAGAGACGAUGCACUGUAUGCCAGAAUGAAACAGAGGGAAAUUGAUGCUCAUGACUCAAUGUGGGAGCCAAUCUUUGUGGAGGAUGAAGCAAUGGGACUGGGCGAGCAAAAAAAUAAGAUGGAUCCUCAUGAAAAUAUUUUACUGAGCACACUUGAAAUGAAGAAUGAAAUGGCCACCUCUGAGCUCACAUUGGGCCUUAGUGACCCAAGAAGCACCAUGCUUGCUUAUGAUAGUUCCACCCUUCAGUACCGCAAGGCUGGAUUGGCCAGGCACAGCUUUGGACGGAAUGCUAUGGAAAGGCAUGUGGGACAAAAGAAAAGCAGGCUACGAAGGCGUGCUUCCCAGUUGAAAAUUACCAUCCCUGACUUGACUGAUGUAAACUCUAUCGACCGGUGGUCGCGGGUGAUUUUCCCCAUGGUUUUCUCCUUCUUCAAUGUUGUUUAUUGGCUCUACUAUGUGAAUUAAGAAGACUGAGGAAUGCGGAAGACAGCGUUCAAUUUGUUGAUUCAUUUUACAACACAAGCCAGACUUUUGAAUUAUUACAUCCAAAAUAAAUCAGGACUAACUACAUUUGAACACCUUAAUUGCUGGCUAACACAUAUACAGCCUUAGAGGUGUGAGAAACAAUGAAAGAUGCAUGUUCCAGAAUUUAGCAUAUACAGUAAAUCCAUCGAUUAAGCCUAGACUAUUAUGUUCAUAUUUAUUUAUUUACGUAUCUAUGUAUUUAUAUGUUCACAUUACAGUGACUUUAUAACCUUUCCUGUCUUAAUUAAUCAAAUUCUGGAACUUUCAAAGGGUCAAGCAAAAUUCCCACCAGUGCAAUUAAAAAAAUAAACAAACAAACAAAACAAACAUAAAAAAAAUCUGAAUAAACUAAUACAGUGUUUAAAGAGACAUAUCUUACAUGUCUGAUUUCACUUGGUAUCAUAUUUUUUAUUUACUGAUACAGGCAGAACAGGUGAAAGUCACUUAAAGUAUACAUUUAUACAGAUUAUUUGUGUUCUACUGUUACUUUAUUUUGCAUGCCUCCCAUUGUGUUUUUGUGAAAUAUUUAUGGGAUAACUUGUGGGGUGUGGGGGUAGUGUAGCCUUGUUUACUUGCUUCCCAUGGUCUUUUCUUUGUCACAAAAGUUAUCUUAAGUUGCAUGUAAGGGGGAGCAUACUGUAUUCAAAAUGACGCUUCAAAAGUUAUUCCAUUAUUCAAUUUUAUAACAACAUUUCACUUCUAGGAGUUAUUGUUUUGGAACACAUCUUUAUUUAUUUAUUUAUUUCAUUUAAUGUAAUCAUUAUCAUUUUUAUUUUUGGUUAAGAUAGAGAAUGAGCCUAGGUCAUAAGAAAUAGGAACAUAUUAUUUUGUAAAACUAUUACAAAUGCAUGUGCACUUAUGUUCUGACUACGAUGUUUUCAGAAUACUAAUUUAAUAUUAUUUAUUUAUUCAUUUAUUUGUAUUUGUUUCACUUUCCAUAUACAGUAAAAGAGGGUGCAAGGCUUUAGAUUCUCUUUUAUUUUAGUUUGUGUUUGAAGGACUGGCUUUCUAACUGUUAAGAAGAUACAAUACAAGAGACUACCCUUUUAUGACAAAUAGACACACAUAUGUUUCUCUUACAUUGAUAGAAUUCACAUUUUGGUCAAGUUUGAAUUCUGGGAUGAUUCAUUUUCGGCACUAUAAAAUCAUUUUUCAGAUUAACCAAAGCUAACUGGGCCAAGGAACCUUCUAGGUCAAGUAUUUUGUGCUGCCAGUUAUUGCAAAGAAUGUGCUGCUACUGACAAACAAAUAUUUGUACUUGGACUCUUAUUUACUAAACAAUGAGACACUCAAUCAUAAUUGACUUCCCAGAUUUUUACUUUU